GCUGAGAGAUGAUAACAGCUGUGCUUUGCUCUGAGGUCACAGCUUGAAAUCUCAAGCCAUCUCAUCUCCCUUUUCCCUCUUCUCUUUUAAUUUGCUUUCUGCCACAGGAGAGAAUAUUUGAAGUUUAUUGGUGCAACUCUGUGUUUCAAAGUGUUUAUUUAAGAUACCUAUUAUGGACAAAAAGACAAAAGGAAAUUCUUCAUCUAAGCUGUAUUCCAUUCUUUGAAGUUCAGACAUUCUUGUGAAUCAACUUUCCUGUGAAGAUGAAGUUGCAGGCUUCAACCAAUCAUUUUGUUGCAAUGUUUUCAGUUUUUUAUCUGGCAGGUCUGAAAUACUCAACUGCUGUUGGAAGUAAUGUUCGUGAUAUGAUACAUGGAGUGACAAUUCAUGUGCGAGAUGAACUGAAAGGUUAUGGUCCAAUUUUUGAAGAGCAGCCCAUUGACACGGUAUACCCAGAAGAGUCUCCAGAUGCAAAAGUGUCAAUGAACUGCAGAGCCAGAGGAAUCCCUACACCUACUUACAAGUGGCAACGUAACAACUGGGAUGUUGAUAUUAAGCUGACAAAAGAACACUACAGUAUGGUAGGAGGUAACCUGGAAAUCAAUAAUCCUGAGAAGUCAAGGGAUGAAGGAACAUAUGUCUGCAUAGCAUACAAUAUACAUGGAACUAUAAGGAGCCGGGAAGCAACUUUAAACUUCGGAUAUUUAUAUCCUUUUCCACCUGAAGAAAGACAGGCAGUAAAAGUACGAGAAGGUGUAGGUGCUGUUCUUCUCUGUGAUCCUCCACCUCAUUAUCCAGAUGAUCUAAGUUAUCGCUGGUUUCUGAAUGACUUUCCAGAAUUCAUUACUUUGGAUAAACGACGGUAUGUGUCGCAAACAAAUGGCAACCUUUACAUUGCCAAAGUUGAACCUACUGAUAAAGGCAACUACUCAUGCUGUGUGACCAGCAAUUCAAUUACUAAGAGUGUAUUCAGCAGUUACAUUCCACUUAUUCCUCAAGCAGAUCGAUCAAAAGGCUAUGUGCCAGAUAUCAGAGUGAAGUUCAAAGAUACAUACGCACUUUUAGGACAAAAUGUGACUCUAGAAUGCUUUGCGCUUGGGAACCCUGUUCCUGAGAUUAGAUGGAGUAAAUAUCUUGAACCAAUGCCAAGCAGUGCAGAUAUAAGCAUGUCUGGUGCAGUCCUAAAGAUCUUCAAUAUUCAGUUUGAAGAUGAAGGGAUAUAUGAAUGUGAAGCUGAAAAUUACAGAGGAAAAGAUAAACAUUCAGCAAAAGUAUAUGUUCAAGCAUAUCCAGAAUGGGUGGAACAUAUUAAUGAUACAGAGAGAGAUAUUGGCAGUGAAUUCCAUUGGCCAUGUAUAGCUGCAGGCAAGCCUCUUCCAACAAUCCGAUGGCUGAAAAAUGGAUUACCGUAUUGGAAAGGAGAAUUGAGAUUUUCUAGCCUGAAGCUUGAAGAUACAGGAAUGUAUCAAUGUGUAGCAGAAAAUAUACAUGGAAUGAUUUAUUCAAAUGCUGAAUUAAAAGUUAUUGUUUUAGCUCCAACCUUUGAAUUCUACCCAAUGAAAAAAGAGGUUUUGGCUGCUAAACGAGGGCAAGCUAUAAUUGAGUGCAAGCCUAGAGCAGCUCCUAAGCCAAAAAUUACCUGGAGUAGAGGGACAGAAAUUCUUAGAAAUUCAACCAGGAUACAUAUAUGGUAUGAUGGGAGCCUGGAAAUUAUUAAUGUUACAGCAGCAGAUGCAGGCAAUUAUACCUGUUUUGUGGAAAACAACAAAGGAAAAGCUAACAGUUCUUCUGCUCUUAUAGUCACAGCUGCAACAAGGAUAACAUUGGCACCAACAAAUGUUGAUGUCAUUGUUGGAUUGAAUGCUACCAUGCAAUGUCUUGCAUCCCAUGAUCCUUCUUUAGAUCUGACUUUUAUUUGGCUCUUAAAUGGGUAUCCAAUAGACGUUGAUAAAGAAAGUGAUUAUUAUGAAAGGUCCAUCAUGAUAAAAGACAAUGGUGAACUUAUUGUCAAAAAUGCCCAGUUACGGCAUGCUGGAAGAUACACAUGUGUUGCUCAGUCAAUUGUUGAUAAUGCCACAGCUUCAGCUGAUCUUGUUGUGAGAGGUCCCCCAGGACCCCCGGGAGGACUAAAAGUAGAAGACAUUAAAAACACAUCAGUAAUUCUUAUGUGGAGCCGUGGGACAGAAAAUCAUAGUCCUAUUUCAAAUUACACUAUUCAGUCAAGGACUUUUCUGUCUGAGUACUGGAAAGAUAUGAAAACAGAUCCUUCCAUUGUUGAUGGAAAUGCAGAAUCCGCAAAAGUUAUUGAUUUAAUCCCAUGGAUGGAAUAUGAAUUUCGUAUAAUGGCCACUAAUAUUUUAGGGACAGGAGAUCCUAGUAUACCAUCACAGAAAAUUAGAACAGAAGGAUCUCCUCCAAAUGUGGCCCCUUCGGAAGUAGGAGGAAUAGGUGGAAUCAAUAGAGAACUGACAAUAACAUGGGUGCCUUUGCCAAAAGAGUAUCACUUUGGUAAUAAUUUUGGAUAUGUAGUAGCUUUCAAGUCCUUUGAUCAAAAUGAUUGGAAAAGCGUUAUAGUUCCUCAACCUGAUAUUGGUCGGUAUGUCCAUAAGGAUGAAUCAGUGCUUCCAUCAUCAAAGUAUCAAGUAAAGGUGAAAGCAUUUAAUAACAAAGGGGAAGGACCUUUUAGUCUUACUGCUAUUAUCUAUUCAGCAGAAGAUGCUCCUACUGAAAUACCUGGAAAUGUGAAAAUAAAAGUUCUGUCAUCCACGGAAGCAUCUGUUUCCUGGGAACAUAUUUUCAAUCCAUCUGUUACUGGGUAUGAGAUCAGUUAUUGGUCCAACAAUCAAAAAGAAAUAGCUGCAAAUAGAGUGCAAGUGAGCAGUCAGAAUUUUUCAGUAAUGUUAGAAAACCUGAAACCUUACACAAAAUACUACACAAAAGUGGCAGCUUUCAAUGCAGCUGGCAUUGGACCUUACACUUUGCCUUUGGACUUUGUUACAGAAAAAGCACCUCCAAGGCAGCAACCAAGAAUUAUUAAUGCUGUAAGGUCAGGUUCAAAGUACAUCAUCACAUGGGAGCAUGUCAAGUCACAGUCCAAUGAAUCUAUGGUGAAAGGAUAUAAAGUGCUCUACAGACCAGAUGGCCAAUUUAAUGGCACACUCUUUAAGACUGGUAACCAUUAUAUAGAAGUUCCUGCACCUGUUAAAGGUCAAUAUGUUGUUGAAGUUCGGGUGCACAGUGAAGGGGGAGAUGGAGAAGUAGCUCAUGUAAAAAUUCCAGGAGCUGCUGUUGGAAUACUACCUAGCUGUCUUGGUUUACUGCUGCCUGCCCUUGGUAUCCUUACCUUUUUGGAAUUCUGAAUGUAUCUGGAUUGAACAUGUCCUCAGUUUAGUGCAAAGGACUCAGCCUAAAAAGAUUUCAAUUCUC